AUGUCAUGGCGAGCUAGUCGGCUGAAGUACUUUAAAAGAGAAUCCCAAAAAUAUUCACAGCUUCUCCGUCACAGGUCUGGGUUUGGAUGGAAUCCAACCACAAAGAAAUUCACUGCUCCUGAAGAAGUUUGGAAAGACUACUUUAAGUCCCACCCAAAAGACACAAGUAUUCAAACAAAAACUUGUGAGGACAAUGAGGAUUUGCAAAUUGUAAUUGGGAAUGCAACUGCUAUUGGAAGAAACUCAUUAGGAUUAGGUGAUGAUACUGAUGCAAGAACUUUUAGGGCGGAAGAUAGACAUGUUGGAAUAGGGGACUUUGUCUUUGAUGAUGAAAGUCAGGCUUUUAUACCAAAUCAUAAUGAACCACCACACCAAGAUCCACUACUCGGACAUUCUUCUUCAUCCUUCCCUUUUCAGGCCACUAAUUGUGAAGGUCCCUCAGAAAGCUCAAGCCAGAGAAAACGAAAUAUAACAGAUUUGGAAGGGAAUGCUAUCUCAAAUGAGACCACCCAGCAAGCUAUGGGAAGAAUUAGCCUUAGCAUUGAUUCAAUUGUGACUGACUUCCGGGGAGUCCAUAACCUAUUGGCAAAAAGGGAAAAAGAAAGAAAGCAACAAAGUUAUAUGUGGGAUGCCAUUAAGGAGACCCCAAUUUUGGAUGAACGUGUUCAUUAUAAAGUGCUAUCUUUGUUGAAUACUAACACAAAAAAGGAUGCAUUUUUGAAAAUGUCUCUUGAGAAGUGCUCAAAUUGGAUAUCCUACAAUUUGGAAUGA